UAUUUUCUGCACAUUCCCAAGGGUGUAAAAAGUGUGAAAUGAAAUUUGGGGGCGACUCUGGGGGCGACGCUGAGGGCGACGAGAAAAGUCAGUCGAUAAAAGCUCAGUUUUGGUCGAUUCGGAUGAGUCGAGUCGAGUCUAAUGAUCGAGCUGCAAUAUCGACAGUCGAGUCGGGGGGUGGCCGCCGCUCGCUUGCGGAGAUUGUAUUUUUGAACGACUCUGGAGAAACGCAGGCGCCGCAACGAUCAAUAAAUACACGAAGUCGAGGGCAAGAUAACAGUAGCUUACAGGUUCGCAGGCAGGAAGCUUAUUUUCUAAAUAAAAAGCAGGCACCGGCUCGACUCGUGUGGCUGCGAACUGCGAAGCAGCUCCUGCAGCAUGCAACCGCCUCCAAGAAAAGGAAAUUAUGCAAAGUUUCUCAAAAAUGUACACGCAGAGCAGGCCGCGAAAUUGCAGGCCAAGAAUCAACACGAGUGCGACCUGUUGGAGGAUAUCCGGCGUUGCUGAAGAUAUCCUCGGCCUAUCUGAAUAAGAAGAUACCAAACAUCCCAGACCUGAAGAUUGAUGGAGCCGAGGAAAAAUGGAAUAUGUGGAACGUCUGGAGAACAGUCCUGGAGGAGAAUGAGAAGCUCGCACGCGCUCGAUUGGCUGCUGUCGAAGUUUUCCAGCAACAAGUUGCUGACGAUGCCAAGGUCUUGAGGAUGCACAAGCUUCAAAUUUCAAAAAAGUCUAUUGACCAAUUAAUGAUAGUACAAAAGGAACUGCAAGCAUGUGUGCAAGAUGUGGACAAAACGAAGAAGUUGUAUUUCGAUGAAGAACAUAGUGCUCAUGAUGUUCGGGAUAAGGCAAAAGACAUCGAAGAAAAGCUCAAGAAGAAAAAGGGAUCCUUUUUCCAAUCAAUAACGUCAUUACAGAAAAAUAGUGCAAAGGUGAGCUCGAAACGAGACGCUCUAGAAGAAAAAUCAACGGGGGCUCGCAAUGAUUACAUACUCAGUCUAGCUUCUGCAAACGCGCAUCAAAAUAGAUAUUACGCAGUAGAUUUACAAAAUACGAUGCAGUACUUAGAGCAAGGAGUUUACGAAAAGGUAGCUGAAUAUUUGACGCUUAUGGGACGUACAGAGCUUUUAACUUGUUUAGCAACUCAAAACAGUUACGGAAAAAUCCGUGAUCAGGCACAACAGCUAACUCGAGAGUAUAACAUUAAGUGCUGCUGCUUGUAUUACCCAGUUUUGAAACAACACAUCCAGUACGAGUUUGAGCCCUGUGACAGUGAUCCCGUUGACAGAGUGACGGCCGAUCAUUCAGCUGCAUCAUCCUUAGGAAAAGAAGCUCGUCGUUGGGCAACUAGAAUAGCUCGAGAAGCAGGCAGUGUUAGAGAAAAUUCCCGCAAACUGCAGCUUCUGCAAUCGCUUAAGGAAUCAGGUCAAAAGACCGACCCCAAUGAUCCAAAUGGCCCAGAUAUUGACACCAAAAUAGACGAAAUGAGGCAUAAUGUACGACGUGCCGAGACAGCGAAGAUGAAGGCAGAGGCAAGACUUGAGUGUCUUCGACUUGGAGGAGUGAACGUGGAAGAAUUUAUGCAAGAGAUUGAUACACUGAGCGUUCAAGAUAUGCCACGGUCAGCUAGUUCCCUUUCUGUGCGCACAGACGUUUCCGGUACUGCGGAAAACCCAUCUUCGGAUUCAUUCUACGAUAGCGAUGGGGAUGGCGGAAGUGAUUUGACAACAGUAGAAAGGCCUGGAAGUACGCGUAGUUCUGGGCAACAAGAAGAUGACUCUGGUGAUGAUAGACAGAGGCACGAUAGUGAAGAAGUUGAUGCUUUGCUUGAGCAAGAGAAGCAACGGAUAGAAGAAUUGACUGCUGGUUGGGAUGAUCCAGCAAAUCUAGACUGGAGCAAAUUGGAUGAAGAUGAUUCGGCCACAGUACAGGAGACAGCCGAGGUGCCUUCUAAUCAACAAAUUUUCAAGUGCACAGCUCUUUAUUCGUAUACUGCACAAAAUCCAGAUGAAUUGACCAUAGUUGAAAGCGAACAAUUAGAAGUGGUGGGUGAAGGUGAUGGAGACGGAUGGUUAAGGGCACGAAAUUACAGGGGUGAAGAGGGAUUCGUUCCUCAAAAUUAUCUCGAUGUUGAAAGAGAAUCUGAGGCACAAAGUAGUCUCACUUCUCAUGGCCCGGGAUUAGUGCAGCAAAUUUCCUUCUCUUCAGUCGAUUACACGAUUGAUGAUCACGACGCUGUUGAUCCUGAUGCACACAUACAAACAAUUGCUGAAGAUUCAGUUUUACAAAAUAAUACAGAAACUGAUGAAUUCUGCAUUGCACUUUACGAUUACGAUGCUACUUGUGACGAAGAACUCACAUUCGUCGAAGGCGAGAUUAUCAAAAUUUUGAGGAAAGAACCCCAUGACGUAGACGAUGGUUGGUGGGAAGGAGAAUUACGAGAUCAAAGAGGCCUAUUCCCAUCUCUAGUCGUAGAACCCUGCGCUCCAGAUGGAUCGCCUUUAUCAGAAUUAGAAGACGAUAUAACCCCACCUAGCAUAGCACCACCUCCGGUGCAUACACCACCUGAAGUCCCGGGUUACCUUUUAACUGAUGAAUUCGAAAACUCGGAAUUCAAUGAUUCAGGAGGCGACCAACCAGUUUUUGUGAGCGAAAGAUCUGGCUUUGCGAUCAAUCUGACGAGGGAUCAAAAAGAGCAAUACGUUUUGCAAUUUGACGGUGAUGAAAAAACCGAUGCUCCUGGAAUAAUGGUAGAGGAAGCUAAAGAGGAAACUAGUGUAGCAGUUGAACAAAAGAUGAAAAAGAAAGAACCGAGAAAGCACCAAGAUCCAAACAACUUUGGACUGGGAGUCGCACAGAUCGUAAUCACUGCAGCGACCCCAAUGGAAGAGAUUGAACACCCUUUCCCAGGGGACGAGGAAGCUGCCGAGGCUCAGAAAAAGUCCGAGGAAGCGCCUAAAGAGGAUCCUCCAACGAAAGAGGUUAUCCCAGACGAUGAAACGAAAAAGGAAGUAGAUAAUGAAGUGAAAACUCAAGUGGCGAAACUGCCAGACUUGGAGGAAGUGGAGGAAAAGAUGGACGACUUGCCAGCCGAUUCGGGACCUUUCCCCGUGAGCAGUAGUUCCGGCAGCGAUGGGGCGGAAUCCAUAUCUGGUCCAAGCACAGCUGAAAAUUCCCAGUCUUUGCCAACGCGAGCUUUUGAAGCUGAAGCUGAACCCGAGCCGGACAUCAUCCCCAACAAAAUGAUCGUGGGUGGCAGAGCAAGCAUCCCCGACGAGCUCCAGCCGGAUCAGCUGGAAAAACUGCAGAGCCUAAAGGAGUCUAAUGCCUAGGAUUGAUUAAACCUCGGAGAAAACGACUGUCCUGCCUUAUCAGAGAAAUGGGCCCUUCCAAUAAGUCAUCGGAACAAGUUCCAGCACCUAUUGGAAUUCUGGAAUUCUCCCGAGGUCAAUGCGAAAAAAGACUAACAUUGCUAUUAUACUAAACUGACAACUGGAUAUUUUUAUGUUGAUAUUAUUAUGUACACAAUUUUGCUAGGCAUUGACUCCAGUAACUACCUACGAAGUAAGUUGCGGUUUUUGCAACAGAUUUACAAACACAAAAACAAUUAUGUACAGCCAUAGGGUAAUAAUUUAAAAAAAAGCGACUCGUCGAUACCUGUAAUAGCAGAACUUGCGUCGUUCAUGUAAAUUAUAGAGAAUUACAAGGAUGUUGCAUGGAAAAUGAAAA